CUGCGACGCUUCACUAAUGGAGAGACAUUCCUCCUCUUCGUCUUCUUCAUCCUCAUCGCCUAACGAAGAAGACGAUCUCCAAAACCUACUCGACGAAAAUGACGAGAUCCCUCCGUCUUCCCAGCAACCACCACCACCACCUACCUUCGACGUGGAGUCUCUCCGAUCACGCUUACGACGAAACUUCAAGCUCAACCUCACAAAACGACAGUGCAUUGUCAUCUUCCUCCCUCUUCUCCUCGUCUUCCUUUACCUAUCCACCGAUCUCACAAACUACUUCUCCGUUCCAGAUUCCGUUUACCGGCCGAAUCAUGAACCGGGUCGGACUCAAGAACCGGAUCUCCAAGCUCUGUAUCUCCUCAGGAAGCAAGAAACCGAUCUCUCCUCUCUAUGGAACCGAACUCUAUCGAUCUCCGACAUGAAAGCUGCUGUUUUCCGACAAAUCUCAUUAAACAGACAGAUCCAAAACGCGUUACUGUCUCCUCAUAAAACCGAAAGUCUCAGUCUUUACGGUGGUUCACAUUGCUCGAGAGUUGAUCAGAAGUUGUCGGGGAGGAAGACGAUUGAAUGGAAACCGAGGGGGGAUAAGUUCCUAUUCGCUGUCUGUUUGUCUGGUCAGAUGAGUAACCACUUGAUCUGUCUUGAGAAGCAUAUGUUCUUCGCAGCGUUACUGAAACGAGUACUUGUGAUCCCUAGUCAUAGAUUUGAUUAUCAUUACAGUAGAAUCAUCGAUAUCGAUAGGAUCAAUACUUGUGUGGGGAGGAAGGUUGUGGUUUCCUUUGAGGAGUUUUGGAAGAGCAGGAAGAAGCAACAUCACCAUCAUGUUCAUAUCAAUAGAUUCAUAUGCUACUUCUCCAAACCGGAGCCGUGUUAUGUAGAUAAAGAGCAUUUUGCAAAGCUGAAAGCGUUGGGGAUUACUAUCGGAGGGAAAGUGGACUCGCCGUGGGAGGAGGAAGAUAUCGCGAGGCCGAGUAACAAGACAGCUGAGGAAGUGGAGGCUAGUUUUAGAUCUGAUGAGGAUGUUAUUGCGAUUGGUGAUGUGUUUUAUGCUAAUGUUGAGAGAGAGUGGGUGAUGCAGCCUGGUGGUCCUUUGGCUCAUAAGUGCAAGACUUUGGUUGAACCGAACCGGUUGAUAUUGCUCACUGCGCAGAGGUUUAUCCAGACUUUUCUUGGGAGGAACUAUGUUGCUCUUCAUUUUCGUAGGCAUGGGUUCUUGCAGUUCUGUAAUGCCAAGAAUCCAAGUUGCUUUUACCCCAUUCCUCAAGCUGCUCACUGUAUCACUCGUCUGGUUGAGAAGGUCGACGCACCGGUUAUCUACCUCUCUACCGAUGCAGCUGGAAGCGAAACUGGUCUGCUACAAUCACUGUUGAUCAUAAAUGGAAAGACUGUUCCACUCGUGAAGCGACCACCUCGUGACUCAGCUGAGAAAUGGGAUGCAUUGUUGUACAGACAUGGUCUUGAAGGCGACUCACAAGUGGAAGCAAUGUUGGACAAGACUAUAUGUGCAAUGUCAAGCGUGUUUAUUGGUGCCUCAGGUUCUACUUUUACAGAGGAUAUCCUUAGGCUCAGAAAAGACUGGGGAACUGCUUCGGUUUGCGAUGAGUAUCUCUGUCAAAACGAGCAGCCUAAUUUUAUAGCCGAUCAUGAAUAGAUUAGGAACACAAUCUCACUUCUUUUUGUGAGUUCUCAUCAUCAUAUACAAACAGUCUAAUUCUGUUGUUUUUGUGGUUUGUUGUGCAUAGUUUAUUAGUGUAUUAAACAAUAAAGCCACACUACCAUUGCUGGUAUGAUGCCAUCUGAUACAGUUCCUUCUAAUAUAAUUUGAGUCUCAGUGAUGUGUGAAUUUCUAUCACUU